GCUAAGAGGAAGGACGACAGCUCCUGUGUGGACUCAGAAGACGCAACUGACAAUCAGUAGAUCAUGUGCAGGCUGAGGGUUGGGGGGGGUAGUUAAAUCCACACAGCGUGAGACUGUGCACCAGUUUUGCAUCAUUGCCCCACGCAUCAGUGGCUCUCAUCACGGUGAUAAGUGGGAGUGGAGGAGCUGGGAGCAACGUCAAUGCUCAUGAACAUUCAGACGGAUAACUCGCACGUCGUGGGAACAUCGCUGCUCAGAACAGCAUCUUUAUGUACAGCAGUUUGACGAUGGAUUACGGCUUUCUGCCGCGGUCCAUGUGGAGCGUCGACAGCAAAAUCGUGCAGCAUCCAGCCGAGCUCCACAGCAGCGUGGUGGUGACGCGCAGCAUCCCCGCAGGAACCUGCUUCGGUCCAUGCUUUCUGCAAAACACUUUUUACGACACCAUCGCCUUCAUCGCGCAGAAAGCCAGCGACAGGAGAGGAAAAUCCUGCAUCUUUAGUGUGGACCCAGAGGCCAUGCGUAAUUCUGCACUGGUGCUGUCUUGGCUGCGGCUGGUGCAGGCCGCACGUAAUAAAGAGGAGCAGAACACAGAGGCCUUCCUCAAAGGAGGUCAGCUGUAUGUGAGGACCACCAGGGACGUCCAGCAGGAGGAGGAACUCCUAGUUUGGUACGACCAGGAGCUCUGUCACCUUCUGGGCUUUACGGACUUGAGCAGAGGCACCAGUGAAGAGUUCAAAUGUGGCAGGUGUGAGCAGAUCUUCAAGAAUGAAUAUCCAUUCCUGGCCCAUUGCCGCUUCUUAUGCGCGCUAAUCAAGAGCGACGCCUGGAGCGUGUACCAACACAAACACGUCGAGGUCAAGAGGCCGCGUCGCGUCACAGAUUUCCACAACAUCGCCAGAGAUUUGGAACACAAAAGGCCUGACGACGCGGACACGGCGCCUUCAAAACGGAAAAACCCGGAGGGCGUUUCCCCCAAGCUGCGGAAAACCGUCCUGCUGGAAAAAACGAAUAUUUCAAACGACGGUAACAUCACGCAGUUUGUCAGAAGCCAGGAUGAGGCUGGAGGAGAUGCCUUUGAUUCAAGUUUGAAGAUCAAAGCAGACAGGACCAAGCUGGAUCAAUUGGGAUGUAAAAAUGGGACUUCUGGAGAGCCCAGGGAAGCCAAGUGGACUUUUACACGUGACUCGGAGACUGGAGAGAGCUCCGGCUUGCACUCGAGCAGAACCAGUGCUUUCUCUUUGGUCCACUCCAACGGUCCUGAUCAGAAAAGUGCUUUUUGUAAACCAAGUAAAAGGACUUCUGUCGGCGAACUGGAACACGGUGGUUUCACAACCCUGCUCUCCAGUGGUCUGGGGGAGAUGAGUGAGGCCCUCACUUCCAGGACCGUGUCAGGCUACACUACCUUUAUGGCCCCCGCUAUGUUGAGCACUGACAUCCACACGCUGCCCCCACCCUUCCAUUACACACCGGAACACUGGUCUAGACCCUCCCAGGUCCAGCCCACCUCGGCGCUCACCAUCCUCCCUCCCACCUUGACCUCGUUCGGCGUGUCGGUGCAAAACUGGUGCGCCAAGUGCAACCUCUCCUUCCGCAUGACCUCCGACCUCGUCUUCCACAUGCGUUCCCACCACAAGAAGGAGUUCGCCGCCGAGUCGCAGGUGAGGAGAAGGCGAGAGGAGAAGCUCACCUGCCCGAUCUGCCACGAGUACUUCCGAGAACGCCACCACCUGUCCAGGCACAUGACGUCACAUAACUGAGACCGCUGAUGGCAGAAGGAAAAUGUAUUUAUUCAGUAAAUAAGGUUUAUAUGGCUUAGAUCAGGGGUAGGGAACCUGUGGCUCUGGAACCGGAUGUGGCUCUGGAACCGGAUGUGGCUCCGGAACCGGAUGUGGCUCCGGAACCGGAUGUGGCUCCGGAGCCGGAUGUGGCUCCGGAGCCGGAUGUGGCUCCGGAGCCGGAUGUGGCUCUAGAGCAGGGGUAGGGAACCUAUGGCUGUAGAGCCAGAUGUGGUUCUUGUGAUGACUGCAUCUGGCUCUCGGAUAAAUCUGAGCUGGCAUUGCUUAACACGAUAAGUAAUGAAUAAUUCCACUUGUAAUCACAGUGUUAAAAAUAACAUUCAAAAUAUAAAACAUUCUCAUGCAUUUUUAUGUUCAAGAAGUUGCGUUAAUGGUAAGAAGUAAUUUAUUUAUUAUUGUCUCUCCUCCUGGCUGCUGCUUAUAACAGAGCGACAGGUGAUUAGAUAAAAAGGCCCAGGUGGGCCGUCUACGCACCUGUCGCUGAUUUCUAGGCCGGUUCUGGCAACAUCCCUCUUUGCUGCAGGCCCGCAGGCCACGCCCCCUCCAGUUAGCUUCAGAAUAACAAUGUUUUACAAAGAAUAAGAGACCUAUUAUACUCUGGAAAUGUUGGUCUUACUUAAAAAUGCACACGUUUAGUUGUGUUCAGUGUUAAAAAAAUAUAUGGCUCUUAGGGAAAUACAUUUUAAAAUAUUUGGCUUCUUGGCUCUCAGACAAAAAGGUUCCCGAUGUGGCUCUAGAGCCGAAUGUGGCUCUGGAACCGGGUGUGGCUCUGGAGCAGGGGUAGGGAACCUAUGGCUCUAGAGCCAGAUGUGGCUCUUGUGAUGACUGCAUCUGGCUCUCGGAUAAAUCUGAGCUGACAUUGCUUAACAGGAUAAGUAAUGAAUAAUUCCACUUGUAAUCACAGUGUUAAAAAUAACAUUCAAAAUAUAAAACAUUCUCAUGCAUUUUUAUGUUCAAGAAGUUGUGUUAAUGGUAAGAAGUAAUUUAUUUAUUAUUGUCUCUCCUCCUGGCUGCUGCUUAUAACAGAGCGACAGGUGAUUAGAUAAAAAGGCCCAGGUGGGCCGUCUACGCACCUGUCGCUGAUUUCUAGGCCGGUUCUGGCAACAUCUCUCUUUGCUGCAGGCCCGCAGGCCACGCCCCCUCCACAGUUAACUUCAGAAUAACAAUGUUUUACAAAGAAUAAGAGACCUAUUAUACUCUGGAAAUGUUGGUCUUACUUAAAAAUGCACACGUUUAGUUGUGUUCAGUGUUAAAAAAAUAUAUGUUUUUUAGGGAAAUACAUUUUAAAAUAUUUGGCUUUUUGGCUCUCUCAGACA